GUCAAAAUUAAGUCAAAUUGAUUUAUAUCACAACCACCCCUAAACAAUGUCAAUGUUGUGAGUGUUUAACUGAAAGCAAAACAAUGGAUUCUCAAGGUUCGGAGGCAAAUGAAGUAAAGCUCUCUGUAAAAUUCAGCGGCCGCACUAUACCUGUCGAAAUCGCCGGUAGCUCUACCGUCAAAGACCUGAAAUUCCACCUUCAGAGCCUCACCAACGUUCUCCCUCGAGGCCAAAAACUCAUCUUCAAGGGAAAAGUUCUUGCGGACGAAUUGACCCUGGCCUCGUCGGGCAUUGGUGAUGGGUCCAAGAUUAUGCUCAUGGCGUCUCAGGGUCUUCACCAAGGGGAUGGCUUCAUUAAAAAGGAAACAAUGGUGUUGCCUGGUGUUAAGGGAGCAGCUGCAGCUGAUAACACGAAAGGAAUGAAAUAUGGAAAGAAAGAGGAACCCAUCACGAAGAGCCGGCUAGAACGUUGGAAAGCAACUGGGGUUGUAGCAUUGUCAGAUAGUGGUCUCUCGAUUAUACCUGAAGAAGUUUGGGCCUGUGGGCCGUCCACUAGAGUACUUGAUCUAAGCCUCAAUUCGUUGCUUGAAGUGCCGGUUGCAAUCAGCUGCUUAACUUCCAUACAGAAAUUGUUUCUUAGUGGCAAUCAUUUGUCUGAUGAGUCUAUUGGCUGGGAAGGACUUUCAACUUUGAAGUCUCUUGUGGUACUAUCAUUGAACCAAAAUGAAUUGACGGAACUUCCAUCUGCACUUGGUGCAUUGACAAGCCUGAAGCAACUUCAUGUAGAAAGCAACAAAUUGACAUGUAUUCCUCCUGAAAUAGGUCUGCUGAAGGAGCUACACGUUUUAAAAGCCCAGAAAAACAGGCUAAGAACUAUUCCAAGAACUAUAGGUGGAUGCGUUUCUCUUGUUGAAGUUGAUCUUUCAUGUAAUCUCUUGUCUGAAUUGCCAGAGACAUUUAGCGAUUUAAGAAAUUUGAAGGCAUUGUAUCUUGGUAAUAAUGGGGUCAAGUCCCUGCCUAACAUGCUAUUCAAGAUGUGCUCACAGCUGUCAAUACUGGAUCUUCAUGGCACUUCAAUCACAAUCGAACUUCUUCGCCAGUUUGAAGGAUGGGAGAGUUUUGACGAGCGUCGCCGCCUAAAGCAUCAAAAGCAACUCGAUUUUCGAGUUAAUGGAUCUGCUGACUUUGAUGAAGGUGCUGACAAGGACUGGUAAUAGAAAAUACUCGUUGAAAAAUUUCUAAAGCUUUACUCACAAGUUGGCAUCGAUAGAACAUAGUCAAUGAAACUGUUGUAAUGCAAAAGUCUCUAUUGAUGUGUUUCCAUCGUGGAGAGAAAAUCUAUAUGUGCUUGGAAUGCAUUUGAUUCCAUAUUUAUAAGGGAAGUUUGUAAAAAAUAAUUCAAACUUUUGUCUUUGCCAAACUACCACUUUUGGUUCUAAGAGCAGUUAGUCCUUCUCAUGUGGAGUAUAUGUGCCUGAUGAAUCCAAUUUUUUACAUGUGACCAAUUUUAUGAAACGAUUGCAGAAUAAAAAGCCGAAAAGAGCUAAGAGAUAAAAGCUUGAUGGGAU